GCCCUGUGGUGAUAUUCGUGGAGAUGAACACUCCGGGGGACUACCACGCCUAUCAGUUCCUAGCACGGUGCCUUGGUGUUUGGGACCUGGACACGCGGGGUCACCAUCGAGGACUCUUCCGGUUUUUCUUCUACGACACGGAAGUUGUUGUCAUCGGUCACCCCUACAGCGACUACAGCUUCAUCAAGCCGUGGUGGGUGAACAUGAUUAAGGUGAACAAAACGGCGGAGUUGGAGAAGUUGAACCUCAUGCCGCUGACGCACCGUGCCCGCUUCAGGAGGCCCAGUCUGGAGCGUCAGGUGCCCUUCCUGGACGUGCCCAUUCCUGUCUUCUGACCGCCUCAACACACUCCGAUGCUGCCCGCCAUGCUCGACGGUCGGCGUGUGUCUCGUGCGCACCCGAUGCUGUGCGCUGCCCUUGAUUGUGGUGGACAGGCCCUUGUUAUUCCUUUCCCGGGUAUCUCGAUGCGUCUUUGCUAAGCAAUCAUCUCGUCAUGAUGGUUGAUUGACACCUGCUCGAUGCGUCUGCCCAUGCAAGUUAUAGGCCUACACACGGACAAUUGUUGCGUGUGAACCAAGCGUAUUUCGUUAAAUGGAAUGAAAUGGAGUUAAGAAGAAUCCUCUUUCGUGUUAAAAAUACCUCAUGUUGCCGCAUAAAGAAUUGCAAUGCUCUGAGAGGUACAGGAAAUGCGAGCCUAAGAGCGUGUGGUGCUAACUGCUUAAGCAUGCAACAAUGUGACUGGCAGUGGCAGUUAGGGAGCGUCUAAGACUCUCCAGAUGAUCCUGCUGAUACCAUGGACGGAAUGAGGUGACUGAGGCCCCGUCCCUCACGUGCUGGCGUCCACGUGUGGCUCAGGGGAUAGCCGAUGCUUGCUGGCUGCGCUGCGUGUCACAGCACAUGUCGUGACAGGUGUUUCAGACCAAGCGAUGCCACAAGCUUUGGGGCCCUGAAGAAUUUUUGUACAAGGCCCACUGCAGGGUGACGCAGGGAAGGGUCGAUUGGCGCGGUGCUCAGGCAGGAGAGCGAGGCCCUGGAAAGUAAAGCAAUGCCUUCUUCGUGCUUUAUGAAAACUUUCAAUAUUUUUUUGUCAAUGGGAACAUUAAAAAUUGUUCUGUCAUAUUCAUUAAUAUUUUUUCCAGUUUUGAUUUAGUCUUACUUGCUCAGGAGUUUUUAGUACAACCUGAAUAAGAUAAGGCAUUUUUUUGUUAUAUACAUUUUGUUUUUGCCCUUGAGCUGCUUCCCCUUGCUGUGAAAGAGUUCACUGACGAAUCAUACAUGCGUUUUCAUAGCUAUUAACCCUUUACAUCUAAACAUUGCUAACCAUCCACUGCCUGGGAGAAACCUGGGGAAGGUGCGCUGUGGUACCCGGAUGUCACACCUGCCCUGUGUCCCGGGGCAAAGGGUUCCUCCUCACGACAGGCUCAAAGGCCAAUGCGACAGAGAUUUGCAGCGAGGACAUGCGUAGCAAUCGCGUAUGCCCCUAGCUUUACUUUUACCUUCAAUUACAGUAUACGAGUUCUCUUCCAGUCUUUUUCCUUAGCUCUCCCUUUAUGCUCGUGGACUGGGUGUUUGAGAAAACGAAAAUUAAGGGGAAGUUAAAGUAUUUUUCAAAUCAUAAGUUU